ACUCAGACACUUGCACGCCUGAUGCUCCACCUGCUGCCACUUCACCGCCAACUUCUGAAGAACCUGGACCUUUCACAGCUCCAGCAUCACCCUCCGCUUCUUCUGACACUGGUACUGCAUCAUUUUCACCACCGUUACCUGCCUGUGUCGCAGCCUUACAUCCCAAACCACCUCUUAUUCCAGCUUCUGCUGCUGAUGUCCAAGUCCACCUUGGACUCCCUUCUCUUCCUGCACCACCCACCUCUACUCCACCCCUACACCCUGGACUUUAUUUGCCCAUAGUCCCCCCCGGCAGUACCACCCACCUCAUCAACUGGCUGCCCUUCCUCGCUUCCGCAACGCUGGCCACCAUUCGAGGCAAGGAGGAAGACCAGCCACCUGUAAGACCAAGCUCCGUGGAAGGCAUGAAGCGCUGCAACAGCACACCCCCACACCCCUCCCAUGAUGGAAAUCCCCAGGAGGCACUUAUGGGAGAUGGGGCUCCGGGGGCUGCUGCCUCAACCCCAGCUGCUCAGACCAUGCCCCCAAGCUCUGAGCAGGCAUCAGCGAACGUGGGUGACAUCCUGGCGGAGCUGCGGACGAUGAACAGCCAUCUCUCCGUCAUCGCCCGAGCCCUGACGCAGCUCGUGUCGUCGCUGGCACCGCAGCAGGAUGCGCGUGGCACCCCACCUCCUUAG